AUGUCCCUAUCUUCCAAAUCCCUUCCAGACCAUAUCCUUUACGAUGUUGACGUACUGGCCGUCUACAAGCCGGACGACCAACCGCCUACUGAUCAAUUCCCCUCUCCAGCGUCUCUGCCUCCUGCUGUGACCCAAGAUCGCCUUUAUUCUCAACUUCCCAAGCGGGUUUUUCGCCAAGUUACUCACAGACUUGCACGAAGUCUCGAGGGAAUAGCGAUAUCAACCACUGUGCCCCCAGCGCUAGUGCAAGCCCGGCCGACAGUUAAAAGUCAAUGGUGUCUCGAAAUAUCUCCGAAUGGAGAGUAUCUGGCGGUAGUUCAAGAAGGCCAGAUAGAAAUCCGUGCAAAAGAAACUGAAUUCGAAGUACCCUACGCGUCCUAUGUUUCCAAAAGAGACGCUUUUCCCGCAUGGAGAAGGGUUGCUUGGAGUUUGGAUUCGAAAAUUCUUGCAGUCUCCAAAAGCGAUGGUUCAAUCGAUAUCAUUACGCCCAAUGCAAAGGCAAUCUCUAGUAUAGUACCUGGAUUAAAGCCAAAUAACAACGGGGGUCAUGUGAAUCAAACGAAUCAAGACACUGAUGAUGAACAGAGCGCGUCGAGUAUUUUCCUGGAGCCAGUGGCAUUCUUGGCCUUUAUUGAUCCACGGAGGGGAUCAGUGCGAGUACCAGCGGUGGACGGGUACGAGUAUUAUUACGAACUGAUAGUUGUAACAUAUGAUGGUAUAUUGCGAAGUUAUUUGUUGAAUACAACGACAACCACCACAGUCGAUGUUGAUGAGGCAAGUGCAAGAGAUCUUCAACCAGGAGUGACUUAUUCGCGGGAAGAUUCUCCAGAUCCUGGGUUCUUUGUGUUUUACCACAAAUGUUCUUUCCGCGCUUGGCUCACAACGGUGACAUGUGGGGCAGUCGAUACUAAAAGAGGUUUGCUAUGGCUGGGUGGAAAACCAGUUGCUAAUGACAAGGAGGAUGGUGAAUUGAAUCCAUCUGUCGGUUGUUGGGUGAUAUUGCCAGAAAGGCCGUAUUAUAGAAAACUGGGUUUGGAAGGAACAUCAGAUGUCUUGUUUGAUGAGAUUUCCUAUCGUGAUCAGGGAGAAGUUGGGAACAUUGGAAUCCUUUCUCGUAUUAGGAAUAUAUUUUCAACGUUGCGAAAAAUAUAUGAGAAUUAUACUAAUGAAGUAGUGCAUUCUAUGUCUUUAUCACCUGAUAAUGAUCGGCUCUUGACAGUUGAUUUUGCUGGAUGUGUAAAAGUUUGGGUUAUAUCUUCGGAUUACAAGAAUACAAUUGUAGAAUACUCGUGGAAUCAACCGCAACUUAAUUACUUUGCAAGAGAUAAGAAAUUCAAAAACUUAUCUUUUAAUGAAUUUACAUCAGGGCUAAGAGAGCUAGAAGAAGGCGAGGGUGAUAUUCGUGGGAUUGUUGGGAUUGAUAACGGAAAAGUUGUUUCGAUUGCUUGGUGGUCAACCGAUUCUAUAAUACUAGGCUAUCAACAUGGUUCGGUCAUCAUAUUUAGUUUUUUCAAAGCAAAAAACAUUCUUGGUGAUACUCCCGAGAUAUUCAAGUCUUGUAGAGAGAUAACAAAUCGCAUUGAGAACCGUGUUUUGGUGAUUGAACACGAGAUAAAAGCCAUUCGAGCCCGCGUGCAUGGGGAAAAUAUAGUAUCUUACUCAAGAGCCCAAGAGGAAGGUGAUUUAAUCGAUGGAAAUGAUACAGAAUCACGUUUACAGCGGAUAGCAUCGGCAAUUGGCAAUUCUUUACAUUAUGUAACUGAUACACUCUUGUGGCAUUUCGAAAGUGAUUCCUCAUCUAUUCGGGGUAAAUUUAUAACAAUACCAAAGCGAACGUUUAGGCUAAAUCGUAUCACUAAAAUUCAGCCACAAGAGCUGUUAUAUCGCAAGAUUAAUACACUUGAAUACGAUACGGCUUUGGCUAUUGCAGAGACAUACAAUCUUGAUACAGAUAUAGUUUAUCAAGCGCGUUGGCGAGAUACGGAAAUAUCGGAUGAUUCUAUUCAUGAAUGUCUCGACAAAAUACACAACCGUGAAUGGGUAAUCACGAAUUGUCUCGAUAGAAUACCAACUGCUCCCUUACCGGCAUGUGCUGAAAUGAUUCGGUUAUUGUUGGCAUACGGAUUGAAACAAACAGACAUUUUAGAUGAUAUUCUUGCAAAUGUAGCCCAUAAAGAUUUGGCAUUAAAACUAAGAAAAACUCCUCUUGAAUGCGACUCGACUUUAGAAGGGACUCUCAGAAAUCUACCAUUAUCUGAAGACCAGAGAAACAUGUGUCGAUAUAGGCAUUAUUUUCUGCAUUACUUGGAUAGACUGCGUACAUUUGAAGAUAUCACAAAUGCCAAAUCAAGACGCGAUAUGGCUCUCGGACUUAUGUAUGGCGCUUUCGAUAUAGGCGGAUGGACACCUUUUGUAGACUAUUCAUCGACUUUUGCAGAGGACUAUGCGAUAUUCCGUGACAUUGAUAUUGCAGCACAGGCCAUGGACUAUGCUGCAGAUGAAUUUUUCGAAGGGUUAUUAAUUCUGUUCACACGGCAUGGACCCGAGACUCUACCAUACAGAUAUACAAUUCUGGAACAGAUACCUGAAACUGCUGAUCCGAGUGCAUAUGAAGUCUUUCUAUCGAGGGUUAGCUCCAUAGAUGGUGAAGAAGCAGAAGAAUGUUUGUGGAAUGAACAACCAUGGCGAGAACCUGACUGGGUCGAGAAUCCGAUAUUGAAACAACAAUUCGUAAAUGAAGAACCUGCCGAAAGAGAAUUUGAUGGCAUCUGGUUGAAGCCUGUUUCUUAUCCAGCUAAAUCUUCCUUUAUAACGCAAUGGUAUUAUAAAAGAGCACACGUGAUAGACAACAUGUCUGGCCAGGUUGAUAAAGCAUUGCAAUUGGUGCGAUAUGGCAUAAGCAAGAACGUUCAAGGCUUGGAGACUCUCGAAGAAAAUCUUGAUAUGCUGUACAAGUUAGUAUACGAAUGUUAUCCUUCACUGGAAUCAGUAAGUACACGCACAACACUUCACGAAUUCGAAGCAUUAUCCGAAUCGGGAAUAGUGGAAAUAUUUCUCCGACAUACUGAUGAAAGUCGUGUCGUAAAUGAUGUACAAAAGUUUAUUCUACCAUACCUUGAUUUAUUACCGGCUCGUCGUGCUCGUAUUAGUAGUCAAUCUAACAGCGUUAUAUGCGAUCACGCUCUUUCUGCUUCUCAAUGUGAGCCGAUGGAGCUUUUGUAUAAAUAUAUACUUCAAUCAUCGACCGAGCGGUUGGGAGUAUGUUGCCGCCUAUUUGAAGCAUCGGCAGUCACUCUUGCAGAAGAUCAGAAAAUAAUUUCUUCGAGUAUGGAUUUGGCUAGAUUAAUCUUGUCAUGCGCAUAUGGGAACGAACGCACUGAUCAGUGGGACAUUAUUACUCGGAUGACUAAUUAUUUGCCAACGUUUGAUACGGCAGAGGAUAUAGACUUGAGAAUCGAAGAUAAAAAAAACUUGGGCCGUCUUGACACAGAAAGUCUUUUUUCCAACUUGAAGACUAGGAAUGCGUCUGAGAUACAGGUUUUGAUUAACGAUAUUUACAUUCAUCUGGAUGUUGCCAAGACCCUUGCCCGCUAUCAUAUACCUGUUCCGUUGAAGUGGUUCUUUCGUAGCUUGGAAGAUAGGGAUCUUCAGAAGAAGUUAUGUAUUCAGUUGGCUCGAGUAUCCAAUAAUGAUGGCUUGGGAUAUGGAGAAAGAUUUGCUACCAUUAAUGGUUGGACAACAUUGCUGGAUGAUAUGUUAAAAAUACAGAAAAACGUUUUAAAUAAAAUUCCUUCCAAGGAAGCAGUGCAAGAUUUUAUAUCCGGGUUACUUUAUGGAGGCAGAUUUGAUUAUGCUCGCAAAAUCUUAUUACCAGAGAAUCAGGAAACAAUAUUUGAUCUUGGUCUCAUUGAAAAAAUCGUUAUAGAGUCAUCGAGAGAACUAUUUGACAAGGCAACGUCGGGCAGCAGGAGAUCUGGUUAUAUGAAAAUGGCUUAUGAAUGUCUACAAAUCGUUCCGAUAUCACCGGCAACACAAGCUGAAUUGGACUUUAUUGAAGCUACAGAACAAUUGAUGGAACGCAAAUUAAGUCAUAAACCUGACGUGUCGCUUCGUCCAAUUCAUAUACGCCAUGAAAAAGAUCGAUUGAGUUUGAUUGAACGAUUACUGCGAGCAGAUGUGAAGGGCUAUCUGGAUUUGGACAACGUCCUCGAAUUAGCGCGUAAAUUAGGAUUCAGGGGGGACAGGGUUGCAGAACUCAAGGUACAUGUAACGGUUGCUAAAGCUGCAUUACGUAAUGCAAAUUACAAAUAUGCAUUUGACGUCUGUAUGGUAAUCAUAAAUGAGACGAAAGCGUUCGAGAAUUCAAUCGAAGGCCGGAAAAAUCCAACACUGCUCAGAACAAUGAAAGAUGUUACAUGGCGUGUGUGUUUGGAUGUUGGCAGGAAGAAAGAAAUACCUGAUCUCGAUAACAGAAAGACACUUUUAGCGUAUGCUCUUGUAAACUGUACAAAAGAGAACAUGCUUGAUAUCUUGAAUGAUUGGCGUUUAGUAGAAUCAGAGUAUAAGGAAAUGAUGCGGCGGAAGGCUUCCGAACCUAAACAGGUAUCCAUGCAAAAGGUUAAGUUAGUGGCAAAUGUACAGCCUGCAGGAGAGCCUGUUAACCGAUUUGUUCAGGCCAUAAGUAGUUGGUUGUCAUAA